UAUUUUACUUGUUAUUCAGAAAGAAUUUUUAAAAAAUAAAAUGAUUCGUUCAAAUAAUGUUCGGACUUUUGAAGGAAUAAUCUUCGUCGCCAUGUUUUACGGAGUUUCGGCUACAAGUGGAGAUGGGAUUAUUGCGACACAGCCUGACAAUGAUGACGUCAUAGGAGAAUGGUUCCCGCGCUUAAAUGUCACGUGUGUUAACAAACAAUUGGAUUUUGAGGACAAUCCUAAUUGUAAAAAUGGGGAAUUAUCGCAAGAAAAAAUUGAGUGCGCUGAAGGUGUGUUUAAAGAUUCGACGGACAGAAGUUGUGUGACAACAGAAAGAAGGAUAAAUUGCACUGAACAACAGGUCUGCAGCGGUUGGUCACAAUGGAUCAAAAUUUACAACUGCUGCCCGAAUGACACCUGUGUUCACCCAGGCUUGACGCUCAUGAGACAAGAGGCGGGGCGGUUCAGGACCAGGGACUGCAGAGAUGAUAUUGAUCAAGAAUGCCAGGGAGAUUACGGAAUCGUGCAGUGUGGCACAGGGAAGUUCGGGGCCCGAUGGGUGGCAGCAACCCGAUAGCGGAAGUUCAUUGCCUACAAUCGCGCUCUCAUUGGCUGGUACCGUCAUGGUUGGGUUACUUUUGUUCGCCGCUUUGAGGAUUCGAAAAAGUGCGCGGGAAAGGCUUCGAGCGCCACCUUAUGGAGGAGAAAUGCAAGGAGUGGAUAAUGAAACUGGACCUGCGCCAGCUGACUCUCGAAUCCAAAGAAUCCUGGACUCGAUCAAUACAAACGGUAGAAACUACGAACUCCGGGAACGCUCCGACUCCACGCCGGGACGAAGAGUUUAUGUUCUUAGUCCGACUCCACAAGACACCAAUGUUGUUACCUGGGGGAGGGGAUUUAGUCGGACCACGUCACAAUUAACCAGCAUCACAGAGGAAGACGUGGAUGCUUUAUCUCAAAUCACCGAAAGCGCCGAACCUCAGCCGGACAAUUGUGUUUUCACGUACGAUAGUGACGCAAUAAAUGAACUUAACGAGUCGUCUGCGUUCGAUGAAGACAACAAGGCAACGAGCACUGAAGCGAUAAAUUGCAUUAAUGACGUAAUUGCAAUGUAUGACGUAGAGAAAGACGUUGACGACACAAACUUAGAAGAAAUUCUGAAAGAAAAUAGUCGCAUUUCGACUUCAGAUUACCGAAAAUCCGCGGACUACGGGGCAGAUAAUAAUUAUUUGAACACGUUUGGUUGGAAGCCUCAAGAACGCGCUUGGAAAAUAGAAAAACUCAAAGACGAAAACAAAAAAAGCGCGGAGCGACUUUCAGCAUCUUGCUCUACCAUGAACUCAACAUUUUCCCAAGCUUCGUCAUCACGGUCGCUUGGCAACGGAAAUAUUACGUCACAAGAUAAUGAUAAAGAUGAUGCCAGUUCUCGCGUCCCUUUGCUAGGCAACGAUGAUUUCAGCAUGAUAAAUAACUUAAAAAAAGAAUAUAAGUCGUUGCCUUCACUUCUAGAUACGUCACAGAUUCCCGAUAUUGAUGACGUAUUAAAAGACGAAUACGCUGAUGACGUCGUUUAGAAUACGCCACAUGUCCCCGAUAUUGAUGACGUAUCAAAAAACUAGUUCUCCGAUGACGUCGUUCCAAAUAACACGAUCUCGCCGAUAACGUGUUCAAAAUACGGCACAGAUUUCACGAUUUUGAUGACGUAUUGAGUCUGAAUUU